CCUCCGGCGGCCGGAAAGCGCCGCGUGUUCCGCGGCCAUGGAGUACCUGCCGGCGGCGGCCCCGGCGCAGGGACACAUCCUGUGCUGCCAGUGCGGCGUCCCCAUCCCGCCCAACCCGGCCAACAUGUGCGUGGGCUGCCUGCGGGCCCAGGUGGACAUCACCGAGGGCAUCCCCAAGCAGGGCACGGUGCACUUCUGCAAGCAGUGCGAGAGGUAUCUCCAGCCUCCAGGAACCUGGAUCCAGUGUGCCUUGGAAUCCAGAGAGCUGCUGGCUUUGUGUCUGAAGAAAAUCAAAGCUUCCCUGAGCAAGGUCCGGCUCAUUGAUGCAGGAUUCAUUUGGACAGAACCACAUUCCAAGAGGCUGAAGCUCAAGCUGACUGUUCAGAAAGAGGUGAUAAAUGGGGCAGUUCUGCAGCAGGUGUUUGUGGUGGAGUACAUUGUUCAGUCUCAGAUGUGUGAAGACUGCCACAGGAUUGAAGCCAAGGAUUUCUGGAAAGCUGUGGUGCAAGUCAGGCAAAAGACUCUGCACAAGAAGACUUUUUACUAUUUGGAGCAGCUGAUUUUAAAGCACAGGCUCCAUCAAAACACACUAAGGAUCAAAGAAAUCCAUGAUGGCCUGGAUUUUUAUUACUCUUCCAAGCAACAUGCCCAGAAGAUGGUGGAUUUCCUUCAGUGUACAGUUCCAUCCAGAUCCAAAUCAUCCCAACGUUUGAUCUCCCACGACAUUCACAGCAAUGUCUACAACUACAAAAGCACUUUCUCUGUGGAAAUUGUUCCCAUAUGCAAGGACAAUGUUGUGUGUCUGUCACCCAAGCUGGCCCAGAGUCUGGGCAACAUGAGCCAGAUCUGUGUGUGCAUCAGAGUGACCAGCACCAUCCACCUCAUCGACCCCAGAACUCUGCAGAUUGCUGAAAUUGAUGGGAACACCUACUGGCGUCACCCCUUCAACAGCCUGUUCCACCCCAAGCAGCUGGAGGAGUUCAUCAUCAUGGACAUCAACAGGGUCCAUGAGAAGAAAAAAGGUGCUGGGGCAGGGGCUCGCUCAAACAAGCACACUCUGGCUGAAGCCUGGGUCAGGAAAACCUCAGAGCUGGACACUGAUCACCAAUAUUUCUGCUGUACUCACCUGGGGCACAUCCUGAAUCCUGGAGACCUGGUCUUGGGCUUUGACUUGGCCAACUGCAACUUAAAUGAUGAAUUUGCCAACAAGAUGAACCCCCAACAUAUUCCUGAUGUGGUGCUGAUCAAGAAGAGCUACGACCGCUCCAAGCGGCAGCGCCGCAGGAACUGGAAGCUGAAGGAGCUGGAGAGGGACAGGGAGGCCACAGACACAGAUGAUGAAAGACAAUACCAGGACUUCCUGGAAGAUCUGGAAGAGGAUGAGACCAUAAGGAAGAAUGUCAACAUUUACAGAAAUGCAGAUAUUCCAGUGGAGAGUGACACAGAUGAUGAUGGAGCCCCACGGAUCAGCCUGGCUGAAAUGCUGGAAGAUCUCCACAUUUCCCAGGAUGCCACUGGAGGGGAGGGAGCAGAAAUGCUGAUAGAGUAAGGACAGUGCCUUCCAUGCAAUAAAAAUUCCUUUGGGGAGAAAAAACUCCCCAGACCACAAUUAACCAUCACAAGGGCAGGAAAAGUGACAGAACUCCCA